AUGAAUAUGGAAGAGAUAGGUAUUCAGCAAAUAAAUCAAAUAUACCCCCAAAAGGAACUAAAGGAAACGAGGAAACACUUCAAGGAGAAUCCCAGGGUGAGACCUUUGAUUAAGGCAGAAUAUGCUUAUAUAAAUGAUAAGGAUAAUGAUGCACAUAUUACAGAGAUUAAAGAGAUACCAUAUACUCCCACUGAAUUGGCCAAAAUAAAAAGAGAAUAUGGGCGCCUUCCCAAAGAAUGAACAGAGUAUGUGUGGUGUGUAUCUUUAACCAGAGGGGACCAAAUUCAGAUAAAUGAAAAGGAAGUUAGUGGUUAUUGGGGCCACGACGUCUUUUUAACAACAGGGAAUAGACACACCCCAUGGUCCCUAACCCAGUGGGCUGCCUAUUGGGCCAGAGAGUUGAACCCUUUGGACAGAGGGGAUCCUCUAGCAAUCACAGGCACAGUUGAUCAAUUGCUAGAAAGUGGACACAAAGCAGCCUGCCUGCAAAUGGUACAUGAAAGAAAGUUAGUUCCCGGAUGUGCAUCCCCAAUGAUGCUCUUGGUGAAUCCUGAAAUCAUGACUCUGAUAAGAGGAUUCCCAGAGUCACUCAAAUCUACCGGGAUUGAACUCCAAAGGACCAUAGCAUCUUUAGACCCUGCAGAAAACCUGGAGAGCUUUAUAAAAGGCAGAAGAGAUUACACUAGUGCUAGCACAGAUUCACCUUUCAAUCACAUCUUGACUCCUUCCCACCCAAAACAUAAAAGGAUGUGGACAUGGAGAGAUGUAGCACAGGAAUUGAUAGACUAUAGCAGAAAAUAUGGUCCUGUGAGAACUCCAGAGGAGAAAUCUAAAGGAAUCCAUCAAGUAGGAGCUAAAGAUAUACCUCUUUCUGUUAGUAAAACUGUGACUGCUCCCACUGACCACACCACUGUUGCUGACUACUCCCACUCUAAAACAGGGUGAUGGGCUUUUGGAAUUAAAAAGGGAGUUCCCAGGGAUGUAAUGGAUGGUUUACCCCUUAAUAAGCUGAGUAAGCUGAUAUCAAAGUGGUAUGGUCCAAAACAAUACCCACCACACUCAGAUUCAAACAGAGAAAUCUCUCCUGUCAUACCCACGACCACCCCUGCGGAGAGCACGGGCAACGGGAAAAGUCAGCAGGGAAACUAG